AUGCCAGCGCCCGCGCAUCGUUCGUACGGCGAGGCGCUGCUCAACUGCGGCGGCGCGUUUUCCGCCGUCCCCGACAUCACGUUAUUCGUGGCGGGUGUGAGCAUUCAACACAUGCUGCUGCAUGCCGCGUUCACGCCCGUCAUGAGUGCCACGGAAAUCCCCAUGCUCAUGGUCGGGGCCGCCGACGUCGGCAAGGUCGAGCAGGGCAUCCCCAAAGACGACCCGCGCAAUCCGUCGGUGAUUGCCGACUUGAGCGUCGCGGCCGAGAUCAUCGGCGCCAUUUCCCUCGACAAGGAAGGCGCGAUCGAGUCCCCCGUGUCGUUUGUGUCCUCCAUCGGCAUCUUGUGCGUGACCGAGCCCGGACCAACCGAGUCGGACCCGAUGACCACGCUCCAAAGCAGGUACUCGAUCACUUUCUUGUUGGCGCUGGCGGGGUUAGACGAAGGCAAGAAGCGCAAGGUGAGCGAAAUCGCCGAGGAUGCCGACGACAGCGUGGAAGAGGCCAAAGCGCCGGCGCAGCAAGUGGAGGUAGUGGACCUCACAGCCGAGUCGGAUGACGACGGCGGAGUGGCGCCACGCGGCCGAAAUGGCGCAGUGCAAGGCCGACUGGGAGGUCAAGGCAACCGUGAAGUGCGAACGGCUUGGACAGCUGGAGCAGCAAGCGGCUGCCGACUUGGUGAAGAGCGCCAUGCAAGCAGUGUGCAAAAGCUGCUGAAGCAGCACUUGGCACGGGAGGAGGCCGCCAAGAAGGCAAAAGCGGCCGAAGAGUUGAAGGCGAAGGCAAGGCGCGCCGAAGAGGCCAAAGCGAUCGCAGCGGCUGCGGCGAAGGCGGCUGACGAAGCAGCCAAGGAGGCUGCGGAAGCAGCGAGUACGGGAGCCAGCGGAGGUGUGACUGGGACAUCAUCAGGUAAUGGAGGACAUCCCAACGCUGCAGACUUCGGGGGAAAGGAAGGAAAGCCAAGCGGCAAGGAAGCCGCCGUAAAGACGGAGACCAAAGUGGAAGCUGAGCUUAGUGGGCCGGAGCGGACCGGCCUCGCCCGAGACGAAGUGUUCGAGCGAGAGUUGGGGUUCCACUGGGAUUGCUCUCGAAUCUUCAGGCCUGCCGGUUGGGGUGGCGUGGACUUGGGGUAUGUGCGCGACGUUACGCGCCGUUUGACGGUGGUGGGCGAGUUCGACGAGAAUCGCGAGGAUUGGGGAUACCAGAAGGCCAAUGCUGCCGGCGUGGAACGAUACCUGCGCUUUUGCAAGCGCCCAAUCCUUGCGAGGGUGAGUUUUCACCGGUUCGAUGAGUUCAUGGGCGCCAUGCGCGAGUUGCAUGAACGGGAGCGCCUGGAGCGCUGA